AUGCCAGCUACUUUCCUUUCAUUCAUCUUGAUAUCUUCUGGGGUCUCAUUCUCAUCCUCCACCCUGAUCAACCGCUGUGCCACAGUACUCCUUCCAUUCGCAACCUCUUCAGAAUUCAUUUUCCACCGUACAUUGGACCACAGAGAAGAGGUUCCAGAGUUGCAUGGUGGUUCAGCUGCACGAAAUCACGAGGAUCCGUCAAACUCGACCAAACAAUAA